AUGGGUUGGUUUUCAGGCGACGGUCCAAGCCCCACUAUGGAGGCCGACUAUACCUCCAGAGAUGAAGCUUCCUUUCCCUCUAGUGCACCAUCCAUGCCCUCGGGAGGUGGCGGUGGCGGUGGUGCCAGUGGAAUGCAAGAAUUACAACAGGCCUCGAUGCUCAUUCAACAACAAAUGAUGGUGCAACAAGUUAUCUCGGACCUUAGUGAUAGAAGUUACGAAAAGUGCGUCACUUCUAAGCCAUCCGAGAGUUUGUCGGGAUCUCAAGUUGCCUGUGUCAAGUCCACUGUCAACAAGUGGUUGGAUACCAAUGAAUUCAUGACUGGCCGAUUGGCAAAGAAGUCGCAAGCACAGCAACAAGGAGGAGGAUUCUCUUAA